AUGUCCUCGACAGGCUCGCAUUCGGCCAAACAUCGCAAGCGGUCUUCCUGGCGUUCCACUACUGACUCCGUGAACCAUGACGACGACGACAUCAUCCAGGCCCCUGCCCAGACCGCAACGAGGAAUCAACGAGUCCAGCACUCGCCACCCGCGUUCUUUCGCGACGCUGAAAGUACCACUGGAUCCGCCGCCUCGAGUCCAGAAUCCACCACAGCACAGUCGUGGGUCUUUCAUCAUUUCCACGAGAACCAGUCAUACACUAUUUCGCCGCUUCCGCCGUCAGAGCCCGCGGUACCCAAAGACUCUCUAUUCUACAGAGCCCCCUCACAGAACAACAUGAUGUCCAUCUGUCAAGCGCUCGGACUGUCGCGGCAAAGGCUGUCUGCGUUCAUCCGCACGUAUUUCGACAACAUGACCUUUCUGUCUCUAUUCCAUAGGCCAACAUUUGACACUACAGUCUACAGUACGGUCGAACUCGGUGUCGCAUCUGCCCUAGUUGCGGCCAUGUGCGCCUUCGCCGCUCACUACAUGGAGCCAGCACAAUCAGGAGAGCGAGAGGGACCUCAUGCCGGGAGAUCAGAAUCAAUGUUCACUCCAAGUCGAUUCUAUAAACUUGCUCGUGCGACCAUCCACGAUCAGCUCGAUCGAUGUGGUGAUAGCAGACCUCCCUUGGCUCUCCUUCAAGCCUAUGUCCUGAUUACAUUCUACGAAAUGACCAUAUCCGCUCGAGGCCGGGCUUGGAGGUCCUUGGGGGUCUGCGUCCGCAUUGCGCAUGAAUUGGAACUCCACUUGACGGAUGCAAUGCUGCAGGGAAAAUCAAUCAAAGAACAAAGCUCUCUGGCACAGGCAGGCUCGUGGCGUCAGAGUGAGGAACAACGGCGAGUUUGGUGGGCAUUAUACGAGCUUGACAUCUUCGCUUCUACUGUACGACGGCGCCCUGCGUCUAUACACGCAGGCGAACACGCUGUGCUUCUGCCAGUAAACGACGCAAGUUGGUUUGAAGGCAAUCAUCAGGCAAGCUGCUUCCUGGAUCCUGAUCCCCUCCAUCGUACGCGGAAGCUCCUGGAAAGCGGGAAUACGAGUGGAAAGGCGUGGUAUCUUGUCGUAAACUCACUGGUCCAUGACGCACACACGACCGCGAAUCCCACUGCGCAUUGCGAUCGCAUGGCCUCGAGGCAGGAUAUGGGCAUGUCGUCUGGCAGAACGGGCCCCGAACCAGUCGACGAACGGAAGCUGGCAGUCUUGGAUGACUUCCUUCUAUAUUUCAAAACCGUACUACCGAAGCAUCUAGCUUACGAAGGCGACUAUUUGACAUUUUCCAUCUCUUCCGCAUACGGCGGUCGAUCCGCGAGCCAAGAUUGCGACGUACAACUCAUUCAUGCCAUGCUUCACUUGGGGAAAUUGAUGGUGUUUCAUCACUUCUGCGGCCAGAAAAAUGCUACACGACUUUCUGGAGACGAAGACCUCGCUGAUUGCCUCUCAUUGAAUCAACCAUCGGUGAGCGAGAGGCUUCGAGAAACCCUCGGCUUCACGAAUGAUCAGAUCGCUUGGGACAGAUAUCUUGGAGCGGCAGAAGAAAUCAUGCGUGUUAUCCGAAACGCCUCUCCCAAUCAUAUCCGAUACGGUCAUCCGCUCCUAGCGAGCACGUUCUGGAUCGCCGCGGCGACCCAGAUCUUCAAGAAAACAUUCGCGAGAGACGACGCCGCCCAGGAACUGGCACAAUCCAACUUUGACCUCCUCAGGCUUACUCUCGAUCACAGUCACAGAUUCUGGCACACUUCCGAUCUGAUGGUCAAGAACAUUGACACCCUGGAUAAGCGACUUGCUGAGCUGAAGGCCAGAUUGACUGGAGCGCAGCAAGGCGCCCUUCGCGCCCCAAUAGGGUCUGCAGAGACGGAACUUUCUCAGAGUAAAAUCCGUCACUCCACUACCACCAUGCGACUCCCUUCCUUGGACCAAAGCGAUACCUUGGCCAGCAGCUCGCGUGACAACGUGCUACCAACUGUAUUCGACUGCGGUGGGGGAGGCCAUUAUCAGAUGGACCCGGGGGCUCCGGCAGACAUUGACAAACCGAACGACAGUGAGCUACACGCUUUCAUGUACGAUUUCUGUGGCGAUAACUGGGACGUUUGGGGCCAAGAGCUGGCAGACUUCUUCCCGUCAACAUUGGCAGCCACCUGA